UAAUACUAAAAUUGAAGCAAUUUAAUUAUUCAUCUUUGAAUUCCAUGUUGCAUAUAGUUGAGGCAACUACUGUCUUGGCAAACUUCACCACCAUUAUUAUUCUCUGCUUCUCGCCUUACAAAACGUAACAUAUGCCUUUCUUCUUGUGUCCUUCAUAACUCAAAUAAUGGCCUUGUUUUCUAUGUUUAUGAUCUUCACUUGGUUGACUUUUCUCUUUAACACCAAAACUGUAGAGUCUGUUUCAUUCAACUUGGAUAAUUUCAUGCCAAAUCUAUACCUAAUUAAAUUCGAGGGCGAUGCAUUUGUGUCGGAAAAAGUUUUACAGCUGACAAAGAACAGAAUCGACGGCCCUAUUACAAAAAGCGUGGGCCGCGCCUCGUUUGAUCAACCGGUGAAGCUUUGGGAUAAAGGAACAAGACAGCUCACUGAUUUCACCACACAUUUCUCUUUUAUUAUGAAAGCUAUCAAUCCCAACAUGUUCGGUGAUGGAUUAUCAUUCUACAUUGCACCUUUUGAAUCAACCAUCCCAAACAAUUCAGUUGGAGGAUUCCUUGGGCUCUUCAGCAGGGAAUCUGCAUUCAACACCACUGCCAAUCAAAUAGUCGCUGUCGAGUUUGACAGCUUUGAGAAUCCAUGGGAUCCAAACCCUAAUCAUGUUGGGAUCAAUGUUAAUUCUAUAAUAUCUGUUGCAAACGUGAGUUGGAAUAGGAACAUGAAGAAUGGAUCCGUUGCUAAUGCUUGGGUUUCAUACAACUCCACCACCAAGAAUCUCUCCGUGUUCCUUACUUAUGCAGAUAAUCCAACAUUCAACGGCAGUUUUAGUCUCUCACAUGUCAUUGAUCUCAGGGAAUUCUUGCCGGAAUUUGUUAGGAUUGGAUUCUCCGCCGCCACCGGUGAUUGGAUCGAAAUACACAACGUUCUGUCUUGGUCAUUCAAUUCAACCUUGGACUCUAGCGCGGGGAAAAGCAAGAAAAGAAACCGAGCGAGGAAAGACGAGGACGAUACGGGGUUCGAUGCUUCUAUAGAAGAUGAAUUCGAAAGAGGAACCGGUCCGAAGCGGUUCACUCAGAAGGAGCUAAGCCAAGCGACGAACGGGUUCGCGGAAGAAGGAAAGCUGGGAGAAGGAGGAUUUGGAGGUGUGUACAAAGGAGCAGUAGGGAAUCCAAGAAUAGAAGUUGCGGUGAAGAGAGUAUCGAAAGGAUCAAAACAGGGGAAAAAGGAGUACAUAUCAGAAGUAAGAGUAAUAAGCAGGCUGAGGCACAGGAAUUUGGUUCAACUCAUAGGCUGGUGCCAUGAGAAAGGUGAGUUUCUUCUUGUUUAUGAGUACAUGCCUAAUGGUAGCCUUGACUCUCAUUUGUUUGGAAAAGGAGUCAUGCUUUCUUGGGCUGUAAGGUACAAGAUUGCAUUGGGUUUGGCAUCUGCACUUGUUUAUCUUCAUGAAGAAUGGGAACAAUGUGUGGUGCAUAGGGAUAUUAAGUCAAGUAAUGUCAUGUUAGAUGCCAAUUUCAAUGCCAAACUCGGCGAUUUCGGUCUAGCAAGGUUGGUGGACCAUGAACUGGGGACUCAAACCACGGUUUUGGCCGGCACCAUGGGGUACCUAGCCCCGGAGUGUGUCACCACUGGGAAAUCAAGUAAGGAAUCUGAUGUGUAUAGCUUUGGCGCCGUGGCGCUCGAGAUAGCGUGCGGGCGAAGGCCGGUUCAAGUUAAAGAAGAGCCCGGCAAAGUGAGGCUCAUAGAAUGGGUGUGGAACUUGUAUGGACAGGGGAAGCUUCUAGAAGCCGCUGAUUGGAGGUUAGAUUUGGAAUUUGAUGUGAAGCAAAUGGAGUGCUUGAUGACCGUUGGAUUGUGGUGUUGUCACCCUGAUUAUGCUAUGAGGCCUUCUAUAAAGCAAGUGAUAAAUGUGCUUAAUUUUGAAGCUCCUUUGCCAACACUUCCAUCACAGUUACCUGUGCCUAUGUACUUCGCACCUCCCAUGGAGAUGUGCAAAUUCACCUACACUUCUUCUGGAACCACAGCCACAUCUAAAGACUCCUCAAACUACUCAUCCAUGUCAGCAGGGUCCAGAAAAUCUCUAUUAUAGCUUGCAUAUAUGUAUCGUGUAUUUUUGUAUCAUGGCGAACGAAACAAGUUCCUUGUUUUUGUGUAAGUGAUGAUUGUCAACACUCUCAGCAGAUGUAAUUCUUCAUAUUUUGUAUAUGGUUUUUUGUUUUGCUUUGGGGUUCUGAAAUUGGCCUGAUUGCCUGAAUAAUUUAAGAGGUUCAUACCAAUUGUGCUAAUUAAACGCAAUCUUAUAUAUUACUAAUA